GACUCCAGACUGAGCUGAUCCAGACCUCCACCUCCACCGCCCUCAGGAUGUUGUGUCCCAGCGUCUUCCAGCCAUCCCCCAUCACCAUGAGGCCUUUCCUGGACCUGCACUGGCCCGUCCGCAGCCUGUGGCCCGAGACCCGGCCGCUGUUCUACCACAUCGAGCAGGAGAUGAUCCGCCACAUGCAGGAGAUGAGGCAGAGCAUGGAGUACAUGGAGAAGCUGCACCAGAAGAUCUUCGAGGAGAUCGACCAGACCUCGACCUUGACGGGGGUUUUCAAGCCCAUCGCCUUCCAGGAGCUGGGGAAGGAUGGCGGCAGCUUCGCCCUCAGCCUGGACACUCAGGAGUUCUCCCCACAGGAGCUGUCAGUCAAACAGGUCGGCCGGAAACUGAGGGUGAGCGGCAGGACGGAGAAGAAGAAGGAGGACGAGAAGGGCUCGUACUCCUACAGCUGCCAGGAGUUCAGGCAGGAGUUUGACCUGCCCGAUGGCGUUGACCCCAAGACCGUCACCUGCUCGCUGGUGGGCGGCCGGCUGCAGAUCCAGGCGCCCCGGGAGAGAACGGUGACCGAUGGGAAGGAGAGAGUCAUCCCCAUCAGCCUCACCUCGGCCCCGGCCGUCACCUCCUCCAGCGGGGAGCCAGAGGGGAGCGGCUGCUCCUCCUCAGAGAGUCCUGCUGAGAACUGAACCGCCUCAUCUAGUCUUUGUUGUUUCCGUGUGGUUUUACUCUGAUGGACGGGAGGGAACAGGAAGCUCAUACUCUGGUUGCACUUUCAUUUUUAACUCUUCAUAAUAAACUUCUUGUGAUGUUU